AUGCCGUCACCAGACGAAGCCGUGUCCGACGGCUACUUCAAUGACCUGAGCCAACAACUCCCCGACCAGCCCAACCAGCAGCAGCCACCCAAGUCCAAGCGAGUCGCAUGUGUGCUGUGUCGCAAGCGCAAGCUUCGAUGCGACGGAGCAAAACCAUCAUGCGCGACAUGUACCCGGCUUUCCCACAAUUGCGCCUACGAUGAGGUUCGCAGANAGAGCGGCCCCAAGAGGGGCUACGUAAAAGAGCUGGAAGCCCGCCUGGCCCAAGUCGAAACACUCCUCAACACUCAUGCUGGUGUCGAAAUGCCCCUGAAUGCCGUCGACCAUUCUAUAGUCACUGGAGACGAUCUGCCCGACUUUGGCGGCAUCGACCCCGACCAAGGUCGUUUGAUGCAGGAGAUGCGUGUAGGCCAGUCUCCACCGGCAGCCGAUAAUUCCAUCCCUGCCUCACGCCAGCCCUCAAUGUCCGAGACGUAUGAUAGCCAGCAGCCCGUUUUCUGGGAGGGCAAUCUCAAAUCACCCUCAUGGGUACCCAACUUCUCGUUGCUUGCUACCGGCAUGGACGAGCCUCUGCNNCCUCCAGAAGUUUGUGCCGAGUUGACCAGUCUCUACUUUGAACGCGUUCACCCCUCUGCCCCCAUCUUGCAUAGGCCUCGCUUCCUCAUGUCCAUGCAAAACACGUCGCCUUUCCUACGACCUCGUCUGUCUCUGCAGUAUGCCGUUUGGACCCUGGCUGCCAGCUCUCAUCCAAAGUAUGAAGACAUGGUCGACACCUUGUAUCGCCGUGCUCGUCACUACCUAGAGCGUGACGAGAUGUCUGGUGUUGGCGAGAAGAUGAUCAAUCUGGCCACAGUUCAGGCUUGGCAGUGUAUAGCAGCUUUUGAGUUCAAGAUGAUGUACUUUCCACGAGCUUGGCUUAGCACUGGAAGGACUUCCCGAUUGGCCCUUAUGAUGGGCCUGCACCGUGUCGACGGUCCCAAUAUCGACGUCAAGCAAUGCUUACCUCCGCCCAAAGACUGGAUAGAGAAGGAGGAGCGAAGACGCUUGUUCUGGAUGUGCUUUGCCGGCGAUCGAUAUGCAAGUAUCGGUACCGGCUGGCCCAUGGCCAUUGAUGAGACCGACGUCUGUACAGAUUUGCCAGCUUCGGACGAGGCUUUUGAUGCUGGUACACCCGAGCCUUCUAUUUCCCUAAAAGAAGCCCUCACGCCUGGCGGUGCUGACUCUCUAUCCUCAUUUGGAUCUGUCGGUGUCAUUUCUGCUCUCUUUGGCCGCAACUUGUUGCAUCUACACCGAAAUGCAGAAGACCAAAACGACGGCGACAUCAAUGGCAUAUUCUGGAAGCGCCAUCGACAAAUGGAUGGCAUCAUUCUCUCCUUGUUGCUUGGUCUUCCCGAGUCGUUGCGGUUGCCACUCUCUGUUUCCGACCCCAAGGUUGUCUUCAUGAACAUGUGUAUUCACACUUCCGUGAUCUGUCUUCAUCAAGCUGCCAUCUUCAAGGUCGAGAAAUACCAACUGCCAGCGAAACUCGCUACAGAGUCCAAGAUGCGCUGUUUGACUGCCGCUGCCGAAAUCUCAAGUUUGAUGAAAAUGUCUAGUCACCUCGACAUGGCCCAAGCCAACCCAUUCAUGGCCUUCUCCCUAUACGUUGCCGCUAGAGUCUUUGUGCAAUAUCUCAAAUCACGACCUCGUGAUGACACGGCUCGAGGCUCGUUACACUUCCUCUUAUCUGCUCUUCAAGCCAUGAAGAAGACGAAUCCGCUUGCCGAAUCUUUCAUCGCACAACUAGACGUCGACCUCGAAGUAGCCGGCCUUGAAGAGUUACGCAGCUUGCGCGUUCGUGCAGCUCGAGCAGCACAAGCCCAAGCUGCAGAAACCAUGCAAUGUCCAUAUGCAGAGCAAGGAGGAGACAAACGCAUUCCCACAUUCGGCGACAGCGGAUUAGCCCAGCACUCCAACCCAAAGGUGACCCGAGCAGGCAUCCAUCCCUCGGACAGCAAUAUUCCUCCCGAGAUUGUUGAAAUGAUGACCCAUCCGCAUCAAGGCAAUUUCAAAGGCAUAUUCCCCGUGCGGAUGAAUGUUGCCUCCGAUACUUCUACCGCACAUACCUCUCCUCAAACUCUUGGAUCCAGUGAUGCGGAUAUGAUGGACCUGGGCAACAGUGGAGUUUCCCCCUCCGACUCAUCUUCUUCCUCUACAGGUCCCGCCAACCAUUCUGCGUUGAUAUUCAGACAAUCCUCCAACAACUGGCAAACCCUCCAACAAUCACAACAACAAUCCCCCGAGAUGAUGUACGUCCAACAACCACCGCAACAACAACCCCAACAACAACAACAACAAUUCCAGCAAUAUCAGCCCCAACAAACAAUGCAAGAUACACCCAUGUCCACCCUCCUCCCGCACAUGUCCGAUUUCUCCAGCACCGAAUUCUCCGCCUCGGAGUUUUUGAACUUUUCAAAAACGGCGGCGACGUCGACGACCACGGUGUUGGAAUUGGGUGCCGUGGAUGAGAGUCAGCUCUUCCAACUCAGUGAUGCCGAGUGGGGACAAGUCAUGGGAGAGUUUGGCGAGAAUGGCGAGUUUUCGGUGGAGAAUAAUCUUUUGCAGUGA